CACUUCCGGAAGCUCGAUUUCUUUUUCCUGCACAUGUAAACAUGGCGCCCCCCAUCCCGCUUUUGGCAGUACGCGGCUCAGAUGGGACGUCUCUACUCAGUGGUCCCCCUCAGUGUCAACAGCACUCUGCCUUCCAGAGGGACGGUCGGUCCAGCAGGUGUCUCACCUUCAGCAGAGAUGGGACACUCUUUGGUUGGUGCAAUGGACACAGCGUCUCCGUGGUGAAAUGUGCCGAUGGAUCAGUGGUGUCGACCUUUGACCUCCCAAAGACGGCCCUGAUGGAGUUUUCUCCCCUCAAGAACAUCCUGGUUACCUGGCAACCGUACGCCAAGACUCAGAACUGUCCUCAGGGUGAGGCCAACCUGCAGCUGUGGGAGUUGACGAGUGGACGUUUGAUCAAAGCUCUGUUUCAGAAGAAGGUUGACUCUUGGUGUCCCAGCUGGUCAGAAGACGAGAAGAUCUGUGUGAGGAGCGUCAACAAUGAGCUGCACUUCUAUGAGAACAACGACUUCAACUCCAUUGCCAACAAGCUGCACAUGCAGAAGGUCUCAGACUUUGCCUUGUCUCCUGGGGUUCAGCCCAGUAAGGUUGCUGUCUAUGUCCCAGGCAGCAAAGGAGCACCGUCAUUUGUGCGUCUGUACCAGUACCCGGUGCUGGGCGGACCGAGUGCUGCACUCGCCAAUAAGAGCUUCUUUAAAGCCGACCGGGUCAGCAUGCUGUGGAACCGGAGGGCGUCGGCAGUCCUGGUGACGGCGAGCACGGAGGUGGACAAAACCGGGGCAUCGUACUACGGAGAGCAGACGCUGCAUUACCUGGCUGUGAACGGAGAGACGGCUGUGGUUCAGCUCGCGAAGAACGGGCCCAUCUACGACGUGGCGUGGAGCCCGAGCUCCAGCGAGUUCUGCGUGGUGUACGGCUUCAUGCCCGCCAAAGCCACCGUCUUCAACCUGAAGUGUGACCCGCUGUUCGACUUCGGAACCGGACCCAGAAAUGCUGCCUACUACAGUCCUCAGGGCCACAUCCUGGUUCUUGCCGGCUUCGGGAACCUGCAGGGGCAGAUGGAGGUGUGGGACGUGAAGAAGUACAAACAGGUGUCCAAGCUUCAGGCUGUUGACACCACUCAUUUCUCCUGGUGUCCUGACGGUGAACACAUCGUCACGGCGACCUGCUCCCCUCGGCUGCGGGUUGGCAACGGAUACAAGAUCUGGCACUACACCGGCUCCGUGCUGCACAAACAAGAUGCAGCCACUGGGUCGGAGCUGUGGGAGGUCCGCUGGCAGUCCUUCCCAGACGGCAGCUUUCCUGAGCGAGCCGUCAAGUACCAGGCGGCGCAGAGCGAGCUGGGGACCACACAGGCCACACCCACACAGGCAUACCGCCCACCUGCUCUGAGACAUCUGCCAGCCACACCCAGCUCCAAACUGCACGAAGACGAGCCGCCUCAGGACCUUCGCUCCGGACUCUCAGGGGACAAAAGUAUGUCCAAGUCUGCGCUGAAGAAUCAGAAGAAACGAGAAGCAAAGAAAGCAGCCAAACAGGAAGCCAAACUCGAACAUGAACCUCCAUCUGACCCCGCCCCCAUCACCAGUAGCCAAUCAGAGGCGAGCAGCGGAGACCCGGAGAUGGACAAGAAGAUCAAGAACUUAAAGAAGAAGCUGAAGGCCAUCGACGAGCUGAAGGAGCAGCAGGCGUCUGGAAAAGUUCUGCAGAAGAACCAGCUGGAGAAGAUCCAGAAGGAGGGGCAGCUGCUAAAAGAGCUGCAGGAGCUACAGAUCGCUGAGUAGGAGGAGCCUCAGGCGUUCAGGCCACGCCCUCAACAUCAUUAUGCUGCUAUCUGACAGGAGGGGGAGGAGUCUGUGUCAGAGCCUCUCAUUGGACUAAAUCUGGAGAAUUUGAACAGGAUUGUUUUAAGAGGUUCUUAUUUUUCAGGCGCUGAUCAAUGAAGCAUUCUGGGAAAUGUAGGCAGCGGCUGAGCAGCGUUUGGAGUGUGUGUUGCAAUGUUUGUACAGUGAAUCUUUCAAAAUAAAAGCCUCUUCAUUA